AUGGACAUCCAAGGCAGGAGAACCACCCGAGCUCAAGCCAAUGUCAAUGAAAAUCUAGUGAAGAGAACAGCUGCUGGAAAAGAAGCACUUUUGACGAGGAGACCAGCUCUGAAAGACCAAAGAAAUGGAGCAAAUAUAGCGCUUGCUGAACGUGCUACUGGCAAGCCAAUAGCCAAAGCUACAAGAUCUACUACAGUCAAAUCCUCGGCUAUAAUCCAAAGCCAACAGAAACAGGAUGUUGUACCGGAAAGCCGCGUCCAUCCUGAAGUUACUGGAAUCGAGCGUGAAAUCCAGUUCGUGGAAUUUUGCGACCAGGUUUACCAAUAUCUACUGGUUCUUGAGAAGAAAACUCGAAUUGAAGAUGAUUUCAUGGUUCAGUCGCCAUCAACACCAAAAAUGCGCAGUAUUCUUGUCGACUGGCUGAUACAGGUACAUACACGCUUUCAUCUCUUGCCCGAAACGCUUCAUCUUACCAUCUACCUGCUAGAUAUCAUGUUAUCGAGAACAAAGGUUGAUAAGAAUGAACUACAAUUAGUUGGCGUAUCCAGCAUGUUAGUCGCGUCCAAGUAUGAGGAAAUGUAUGCGCCAGAUAUCCAUGAUUUUGAAUAUAUCACUGACAAUGCAUACACAAAGAAAAUGAUCCUCAAGAUGGAGGCCAAGAUACUCACUGCCACUGAUUUUGAUCUUUCUCGGCCACAUUCGCUCACCUUUUUGCGGUGGUUCAGCAAAGAGAUGAAAUUCGGCAUGAGAAUGCAUCAUAUGGCGAAGUUUUUGAUCGAGAUGGCAUUCUUGGAUGCGUCUCUCUCACCGAUGCUGCCAUCACAUACGGCAUGUGCCUGUACAUAUAUUGCUGCUAAGUUAUGUGAAACACCAUUCGAUAGCGAUAAAAUGAGGAAGAUGACGGGUAUCACACUGAAGGAAGCUGAGGAACUAGGAUCAACUUUUGCCAAGGUCUUCCUGAGGCUACACUCGUUGCCGAAGCUGCUAGCUGUACGCGAGAAGUAUUCCUCAGCCAAAGUGUUAGCCGUGUCCCAGUUGUAUGAUAGUGAUAUCAAAAUUCUUACCGAACUUUCAUCAUAGAACAUCAGCAUAAUUAGACUUAGACGCUUCAAUUCGCAAGUACAACUUGUCAGCCUUUCCAGCUAUAGCAUCAAACACUGCCGCUCUAAGCACCUUAUAAGUGCUACAAUAUCGUCGACGUGUAUUAUGUGUUUUUGUUGUAAUACCAGGUUGCAAUCAUUUCUAUAUAUCUGGAAUAUUUGAGGUAUUUUGGCAUGUCGCUUCUCAAAUCUCAUUUUCUAGUGUCGAUUUCUACUAGGCACACUUGUUCCCUGUUUUUAGCUUUCCAUUUUUUGUCUUUCUCGUAUUCUUACGCCAAAUUCUAAUAUCACACUGCUAAGAGGAGUGGGGUAACGCUAAUAUUAAAGUUCUGUACUAUGCUGAAAAUCGUAAAGAUGAUGUUAGUUGCCAUAUUCGAUGUCAAAAGAUCGUACCUCAUCACUGAUAUGCUGGCCUCUUGCAGCCCUAUUUAUUAAUUACUUGGGCAUACUGAUUCUUUGAAUGUUUUCUCGAGUAUAAAGUUUUAAUGGCAG